CUCUCACAAACCCUAAUCAAGGCUUUCUCUUAAGCUUAAUUUUCGUUUUCGGCGGCUUCGGGAAUCAUGAGUAAGCUUCAGAGCGAUGCCGUUAGGGAAGCAAUCACCCAGAUUGCCGCAGAUUGUAAGGAGAAGAACCGUAAGUUCACCGAGACGAUUGAGCUCCAGAUUGGACUCAAGAACUACGACCCGCAAAAAGACAAGCGUUUCAGUGGCUCUGUGAAGUUGCCCCAUAUCCCGAGGCCCAAGAUGAAGAUUUGCAUGCUUGGUGAUGCUCAGCAUGUUGAAGAGGCCACUAAGAUUGGUCUCGAGUCCAUGGAUGUGGAGGCUCUUAAGAAGCUAAACAAGAACAAGAAGUUGGUGAAGAAGCUUGCAAAGAAAUACCAUGCUUUCUUGGCCUCCGAAGCUGUCAUUAAACAGAUUCCCCGUCUCUUAGGUCCCGGUCUUAACAAAGCAGGUAAAUUCCCGACCCUUGUGUCUCACCAGGAAUCUCUUGAAGCGAAGGUGAACGAGACAAAGGCGACUGUCAAGUUCCAAUUGAAGAAGGUGCUCUGCAUGGGAGUUGCUGUUGGGAAUCUAUCAAUGGAGGAGAAGCAAAUCUUCCAAAACGUGCAAAUGAGCGUCAACUUCCUUGUUUCCCUUUUGAAGAAGAAUUGGCAAAAUGUGAGAUGCUUGUACUUGAAGAGCACUAUGGGACGUCCUCAACGGGUCUUUUAAGAAAGUUGAAUUUGAGUUUUGUUUUGUUUCGUUUCCUAUUUGCUUAGGACAAAAAAGGUUGUAAGAGAGUAACAUAGAUUUGAAUGUUUUCUCCAGAAAUGGGAUUCUUUUUGGUUUUCUGCUAUGGUUACAUUGUGAGGGAUACUUUUGUUUAUGGAUUUUAUUUUAUUUGUGAUUUCAUUACCAU